GCUCCAGACUUCACAGGCGGCGGCGGGCGCGGCGGUCUUGCCCAGCGCGAGGCCGGCGCUGUGCUCACCCCGGAGAUCGCUGCUCUCCAGUCGGGCGCAGACGGCGGCUUUGCGGCUCGCGGAGGAUUGGAAGGGCGUGGUCCAGGUCGGGGGCUUUCUCCUGGCCGCCUCCUGCCUCGUCCCGUCUCGAGGCGCCUCCGGGGAAAGCCACGGCCCCGAGGGCGGAUCCGAGGCACAGGUCAUCUUUAAUACAGCUCUCAUUGGACUGAAGUGGAAGCAUAAGAAUUGGAGCAUAUUUUCAUUUUUGAGAACCCAGGAGUGAAAACCACAAUGAAUGGUCAUAUUUCUAAUCAUCCCAGUGGUUUUGGAAUGUAUCCAGCUCAAAUGAAUACAUUAAGAGAUGAAAGAUACAAGCCAGUUUUUAUCUUUUUACCAAAGAAACAAAGGAAGAAUUAUGCUCGGGACAGUGUCAGCAGUGUGUCCGAUAUAUCCCAAUAUCGUGUUGAACACUUGACCACCUUUGUUCUGGAUCGGAAAGAUGCUAUGAUAACUGUUGAUGAUGGAAUAAGGAAGCUGAAAUUGCUCGAUGCCAAGGGCAAAGUGUGGACCCAGGAUAUGAUUCUUCAGGUGGACGACAGAGCUGUGAGCCUGAUUGAUUUAGAAUCGAAGAAUGAACUAGAGAAUUUUCCUUUAAGCACAGUCCAGCACUGCCAAGCUGUGAUGCAUUCCUGUAACUAUGAUUCAAUUCUCGCCCUGGUGUGCAAAGAGCCAACUCAAAACAAGCCCGAUCUUCAUCUUUUCCAGUGUGAUGAGAUUAAGGCAAACCUCAUUAGUGAAGACAUUGAGAGUGCGAUCAGUGACAGUAAAGGAGGGAAACAGAAGAGGCGGCCUGAAGCCCUGAGGAUGAUUUCCAAAGCAGACCCUGGUAUACCGCCUCCGCCAAGAGCUCCUGCCCCGGUGCCCCCUGGGACUGUUACCCAGGUGGAUGUUAGAAGUCGGGUGGCAGCCUGGUCUGCAUGGGCUGCUGACCAAGGGGACUUUGAGAAACCAAGGCAGUAUCAUGAGCAGGAAGAAGCACCUGAAAUGAUGGCGGCCCGAAUUGACAGAGACGUGCAAAUAUUAAACCACAUUUUGGAUGACAUUGAAUUUUUUAUCACAAAACUCCAAAAAGCAGCUGAAGCAUUUUCUGAGCUUUCUAAAAGGAAGAAAAGUAAGAAAGGUAAAAAGAAAGGACCAGGAGAGGGUGUUUUAACUCUGCGGGCAAAACCUCCCCCUCCUGAGGAGUUUGUUGACUGUUUACAAAAGUUUAAACAUGGAUUUAACCUUCUGGCCAAACUGAAGUCUCACAUCCAGAAUCCGAGUGCUGCAGAUUUGGUUCAUUUUUUAUUUACUCCAUUAAAUAUGGUGGUGCAGGCAACAGGAGGUCCUGAACUAGCCAGUUCAGUACUCAGCCCCCUAUUGACUAAGGACACAAUUGAGUUCUUAAAUUAUACUGUCAACAAUGAUGAAAGACAGCUGUGGAUGUCACUGGGCGAAACGUGGAUGAAAGCCAGAGCAGAAUGGCCAAAAGAGCAGUUCAUCCCACCAUAUGUCCCGCGGUUCCGCAACGGUUGGGAGCCUCCCAUGCUCAGCUUCAUGGGCGCACCGAUGGAACAAGAUCUUUAUCAGUUGGCUGAGUCUGUGGCAAAUGUAGCAGAACAUCAGCGCAAACAGGAGACAAAAAGAUUAUCCACAGAGCAGUCCAGUGUAUCAGAGUAUCCUCCAGCUGAUGGGUAUGCAUUCAAUAACAUGUACACAAGAGGGCCCCAUCCGGACCAAGGGGAAGCGGUUGUGGCUUUUAAGCCAACUCCUAAUCGCCACGUAGAUAGAAAUUAUGAUCCACUCAAAGCACAACCCAAGAAAUAUGCCAAAUCCAAGUAUGACUUUGUGGCAAGGAACAGCAGUGAGCUCUCAGUUCUAAAGGAUGAUAUUUUAGAGAUCCUUGAUGAUAGAAAGCAGUGGUGGAAAGUUCGAAAUGCAAGUGGAGACUCUGGAUUUGUGCCAAAUAACAUUUUGGAUAUUGUGAGACCUCCAGAAUCAGGAUUAGGGCGUGCUGAUCCACCUUACACGCAUACCAUACAGAAACAAAGGAUGGAGUAUGGUCCCAGACCAGCUGAUACUCCCUCUGCCCCAUCACCUCCUCCAACACCAGCUCCUGUUCCUGUCCCGCUUCCUCCUUCUACCCCAGCACCUGUUUCUGUGCCAAAGGUCCCGGCAAAUGUAACCCGUCAGAACAGCAGCUCUGGUGACAGUAUUGUGCGAGAUAACCAGAAACACAAACAACUUCCCAUGGACCGAAGGAAAUCUCAGAUGGAGGAAGUCCAGGAUGAGCUCAUCCACAGACUGACCAUUGGCCGGAGUGCCGCCCAGAAGAAGUUCCACGUGCCACGGCAGAAUGUGCCAGUUGUCAAUAUCACUUACGACUCCACACCAGAAGAUGUGAAGACAUGGUUACAGUCGAAGGGGUUCAGCCCUGUGACUGUCAAUAGUCUUGGAGUACUAAACGGUGCACAACUUUUCUCUCUCAACAAAGAGGAACUGAGGACAGUCUGCCCUGAAGGGUCCAGAGUCUUUAGCCAAAUCACUGUACAAAAAGCUGCAUUAGAGGAUAACAGUGGCAGCUCCGAGUUGCAAGAAAUCAUGCGGAGACGACAGGAAAAAAUCAGUGCCGCGGCUAGCGAUUCGGGAGUGGAGUCUUUUGAUGAGGGAAGCAGUCACUAAUUUGUUUUUAAACUCCAUUUAAAUUUGUGGCAUUAUUCCAACAUGCUUUGUUUUAAGAAGCCAUGAAGGGAAUGUCAGAUUCUUAUUUCUCAGAAUACUUAAGUUAUCGCCAUAAAGAAACAAUGCAAACAUAAGUAAGCGGAGGACUUGUUUCCUGGCCCAUUAUUUUUAUUAAAACUGAGUAAUUUUAAAUAGCUGUUUUGCCCUUGAGAAAUAUUUUGCCUGCUUUACCCAGGUGAUGUUUCUUUCAUUGGAUUAAUUAUUUCAUCUCCCAUCUCAGUGUGUAAGCAGGCAGCUUUUAACAGUGGUGAAUUUAUUUACUGCAGCAAAACAGAGAUAUUGCCCGUGACUUAAAAUCGAAAUAAUUUCAGUUUUGCCCAUGACUCUGGUGUCUGUCAUUCAGAGCGUAGCUUACUUUAGGCUAGCCUCUGCUUACUUAGGUCUCUUCUUUGACAUACUCAAUGAUAGAAUAUUUAGAUUUAUUUAAAGUUCUUAAUGCCAACAGUUUUUUUAAAAAAAUCAGAACAUUUAACGAACUGUAAAAUACAAGGCCUUGGACAUGCAAAUAUAAACCUAUGGAGCAUUCCCAAGACAGUUCAUUUGUCAUGGCUCUGUUGAUCACAAUUCCUUGUAUAGCCUGUAUUUUGAUUUAGUUUAUAUUCUGCUUAUUAUCUGUAUUGUGUUCUUAUAUAUGAGAAAGCACAAGUGGAAAAGAGAUCAGAUGCAGUCAAAAUGUGUCCCAGAAAGUAGCCCGCAUUGGUGUGCAUUACAGUAUUUUGCUUAAUGAAGGCCUCGGUUCUGAAUAUUGAUAUGAGUAGUUAAAUGGAUAUUGGGGCCAUUUUAUGUGUUUAUCUGUGUCAAGUUUUUCUGAUAAGAAGAAACAGUUAAUUUACGUAUAUUUUAAUCCUGUGAAAGAUUCUAGGUAGAGAAAAGAAAGAUACUUAACCUUCAACAAAUGUUAUUUUUGGAAACACAAUUUUUGUCAUUAAAUGUUAUAUUAUUUCACAUAUAUAAAACAGAUGUUAUGUAAGAAUGUUGUAUAUUUUAACAUAAAUCCAUUUAGAGAGAUUAUCUAGAUUCAUUAAUUUUCAUAGUGCCUUUUUCACAUGAGUCAGCUGGAAAGUCUGCAAUAAACAGUAUUUGCUGUAUGUUAAUAAA